AAAGCUUCUUAAGCUGGGCUCGAUUCACAACCUCUUUAUAACAUCAUCGCUCCCUUCUCUCCUCCAUCUACAGCAUCUUGCUUCUGUAAACUUCUUCCCCUAGCCUUCUGCCCUGCUUGCAGCACCCCUCCAGCGCCACCAUCUACCAACCACUGCCUUUUUUCUUCUGCGGGGACCUUUUGCUGUCGUCGCGAGCUUCACAUCACCACGCCGACCGCUGCGCAAAUUUGAGCAUCUAGCUUUAUCCCAAGACAAAAUGGCGUCUGCCCAGGCAAAGGCUCAGGACUACCUGAGCGUCAUUGACAAGGAGCUCUCCAAAUACCCCGCCCUUAACAACCUCGAGAAGCAGAUUGGUGUUCCCAAGGCCUAUGCCGUCAUCGGUGUUGCCGCUCUCUACUUCUUCUUGAUCAUCUUCAACAUUGGUGGCCAGCUCCUCACAAACUUUGCCGGUUUCGUGGUCCCUUGCUACUACUCUCUGGGCGCCCUGUUCUCCCAAUCCAAGGAGGACGAUACCCAGUGGCUGACGUACUGGGUUGUUUUUGCCUUCUUCACCGUCGCUGAGGGCUUCUUCAGCAUCGUUUACUGGUUCCCCUUCUACUUUGUCUUCAAGUUUAUCUUCCUGCUGUGGCUGGCUCUCCCUACCUUCCGUGGCGCUGAGAUCGUUUUCCGAUCCUUCAUUGUCCCUACCCUCGGCCGAUACUUCCAGGGCCCCGGCACUUCUGCUGGUCUCCGCUCCAAGACUGACGCCUUUGACAAGACUCAGUAAAUUAUGCCGGCUUGAGCAGCUGCUUUGGUCGCAAAUCCGAACCACUUGUCCAAGUCCAGGACCAGGCGCUGCAAACUAGAAAAUGCAAACUCAUCAAGAUUGAAACAAUCGACUAUUGAGGAUAAAACGGGGACAGGGCGGGAUUCUCGGCACAUGCCAGAUUUCCGGAGAGGGACUAGGGUAUUCGGGGGAACAAAGAGCAUGGAAACCAGAAUUUUGAUAACGCAUGCUUGUCUUAGAAGGUGUCAUGACUUGGAAGCUGUAGGGCGCAAUGACAGAUUGGGUUGAAAGAGAAUGCGCAUGUGAUAAUGAAAGGCUCUUUUUACUUGUUUACCUAUAAAGUAUCCUUGCAUCGAACGAUGAGAUUCUAGGAAUCGCGCAUGUG